AUGAAGGUUGUAGUUGCGUUUUUGGCACUCUACGUUACCAUUGCUCUUGGCGUAAAGGAGGAGCUCUUUAAAAAGUGUCAUGAAAAUGGGUUUUGCCACCGGAACCGUCACUAUGGUAGUCACAUACUGGAAGCCCAUGAUUGGCCAUACAGAAUAAACAGUACAAGUUUGAAAACGUCGGCUGAGACGAGUCACAUUUGGUUGGAGAUACUUAAAACCAUCAGUCACGAUAAGGAGAUUGUUUUGGAUCUACAAUUGAGUUUACUCAAUGAUGAUAACUUGAGAGUUCAAGUCAAUGAAAGACGCAGCAAUGAUUUAAAAGGUGUUGGGUCAUUGACUACACAUCGGUUUAAUGGAACGGGUAAUUGGGUUCUUGUGGAUAGUGUUACUGAAGGCAAGUUCAAAUCAAUUGAUGCUUCACUGAAGGAGAAACUUGGAUUGAAAUACGGUAAGUACCAUUCAGCAGAAUUGACUUACUAUCCACUUACAUUGAAGGUCUACUAUAAGAACCAAUUACAAAUGACUGUCAACGAUAAAAAAUUUUUCAACCUUGAACACUAUAGAACUAUGGAAGAUAACGAUAUGAAUAUGCUUCCAUUUGAGCUGGACUUUGAUAUGUUUAAAGAUUCAUUUAAAGACUCCAGUAAGGACACCAUACCCUUUGGACCCGAGUCCAUCGGACUAGAUUUUACGUUUAACGGGUAUCAACAUGUUUAUGGUAUUCCUGAACAUGCUGAUAGUCUAAGUCUUCGUGAUACUACUAACAGUGAACCUUAUCGAUUGUUCAAUAUUGAUCUAUUUGAGUAUGAGGUUGGUUCAACUAUGCCAAUGUAUGGAGCUAUACCAUUCCUUUUAGCCGUGAAACCCACCAAGGUAGCCAGUGGGUUAUUCUGGCUUAAUAGUGGUGAUACAUUUGUAGAUAUUGACAAAACUCACCUGAAGGGAGUAUCAACUCAUUGGAUGUCGGAGAAUGGGAUUAUUGAUUUCAUUAUAUUGGUUAAAGAGAGUCCUGAAGCCAUAAAUAAAGCUUAUGGAGAAUUAUCAGGGUUUACACCGUUACCACAACUCUUUGCUCUUGGAUACCAUCAAUGUCGUUGGAACUACAAUGAUCAAGAAGAUGUACUUCAAGUCCAUGAGAACAUGGAUAAGUAUCAAAUCCCAUACGAUACCAUUUGGUUGGAUAUUGAAUAUGCUGAUUCCAAAAAGUAUUUCACUUGGAACAAGAAAACGUUUCCUGAUCCAAGGAAAAUGAUGUUAGAAUUAGAUAGAACGGGUCGGAACCUUGUCAUUAUAGUUGACCCCCAUUUUAAAACAGGAUACUUUGUCAGUAAUGAGUUGAUGAAGCAAGACUUGUGUGUUAAAGAUAACGAGAAUAAGAUAUUGAAAGCUCAUUGUUGGCCUGGAGAAUCCGUUUACAUUGAUUCCCUUAACCCUAAGGCCACCGAGUAUUUGACAUCCAAGUAUCAAAUGUCAUCUAAGAAUACGUUUAUGGGAGGAGAUGACAUCACCAAUGUUCAUUUAUGGAAUGAUAUGAAUGAACCAUCUGUUUUCGAUGGUCCUGAAACGACUUUUUUUAAAGAUACGAUUCAUUAUGGGCGUUGGGAACAUCGGUCUAUUCAUAAUAUGUAUGGGAUGUCAUACCAUAAUGCCACGUUCCAUGCCUUAACCAAUAGAUUGGCACAGAGUUCAAGAAAUAGACCAUUUGUGUUAACAAGAUCAUUCUUUGCUGGUUCUCAACGUACAGCAGCCAUGUGGACUGGAGAUAAUAUGUCUAAAUGGGAAUACUUGAAGGCAUCCAUUCCAAUGAAUAUGAACCAGGGGAUUGCGGGGAUGCCAUUUUCCGGUAGUGAUGUGGGGGGGUUUUUCGGUAAUCCUUCUAAAGAAUUAUUAACUAGAUGGUAUCAAACGGGGAUUUGGUAUGCUUUUUUCAGAGCUCAUGCUCAUAUUGAUAGUCGAAGGAGAGAACCAUGGAUUGCUGGAGAACCAUAUACUAGUAUAAUUCGAAAUGCUAUUAGGUUAAGAUACAGAUUAUUGCCCACGAUUUAUACUACUAUGCAACGAACCAGUGUUGAAGGUGUACCAUUUAUGAGGCCAUUAUUUUACAGUUAUCCUGGUAAUUUGGAUACUUAUGAGAUUGAAAAUGAAUUUUACCUUGGUAAUAGUGGACUUUUGAUAGCCCCAGUAUUAGAAGAAGGAGUUAAGGAGAUAAUCAUAGUGUUACCUAACGUUAAAGAGAUUUACUAUGAUUAUACCAAUGGAAAAAUGUCACUGGAAUCAUAUUAUGGCAAGUCUCAAAUCAUUAAGCAAGUUACUCUCGAAGAUAUCCCCAUGUUUCUUGAAGGUGGGUCUAUCAUUACAGAGAAACAAAGAUAUAGAAGGUCAUCUAAGCUCAUGAUAAAUGAUCCCUAUACGCUUAUUAUUGCCCCAAACCAUGACCAAGGUAAAGCUUCAGGACAAUUAUACAUUGAUGAUUAUGAAACUUAUGAUUACCAAAAUGGCAAAUCUGCAAUGAUUGAAUUUGAAGCCAGUGAUAAGGGAAUCUCAUCGACCUUAAUAAGAGGAGAAGGAGAAGAAUUCAAAGUAACCAAUCAUGUGGAGAAGGUGAUUGUUUUAAACUUUACUAAACAAUAUGACGCUAAACCACUUAAACAAGUGGUUGUUAAUAAGCAGCAGGUUGUGGAGUUUGAAAUCGUCCACAAUAAUCAUCUUGUCAUUAAGAUGCCAAACACACCGAUGUCACAGAAUUGGACCAUUGAAUAUGAAUAUGUGGAAUCAAGUUCUUUACAUGAUGAACUCUAA